AUGGGCACCCUUGCGAGCCACUCAGGCAUGUCGUCGGCGGGUGUCUCGUCUGCCACCCCCAGCAUCAGUGACUUGGAUGGUUACACCUUUCGCGACUACCACUUUCCCUCCAGCUCCGCCUACGCCCCCGUUCAGCUUGAAGACGACGAGUUUGGCUUCGACCCUCCCCAGAAGCCUCUGACGAUGAAUGACUAUCAAGUUUACAGCCCACCAAAUGACUAUCCCCUGUCUCAAUGGCCCGAGUUCGAGCGAGACGACGACGACUUGAAGCCGUCGACCGAGAACCCGCUCAACAUGGAUGCCUACGAGAUGGACAAGUUUAUCAGCUCCGUAUUACCUAAUUCCUCCACAGCAAUUGCACGAUAUGGCCAAAUGACUCCUCCACGGUCUGACUCCACCGCCAGCACCGAUUCAAAAGAGGAGAAGCUGUCGCCCAAGUCUCAGCCAGUGGAGCCACAACCGCGAAAACGAGGAAAGGGUCGGCCUAGAGCCUCAGAGACAGCCUCUGCGCCGUCCAAGACGACAACUACCGCAGGCCGCAAGCGAAAGGCGACGCGUAAAGCCUCCGCCACCAUCGAAGAGGGAGAUACCCCGGAGGACCAAAAGAGAAAACAAUCACUCGAGAAAAACAGACUGGCUGCUGCAAAGUGCCGAAUCAACAAGAAGGAAAAGACGGAGAGGCUACAGCGAGACUCCCAAGAGAAAGCGAUUGAGAACGCCUUCCUCAAAGAUCAGAUUAUGCGCAUGAAGGACGAGAUUCAACAGAUGAACGCCAUCCUUGUUACGCACGCCAGCUGUGAAGGCUGCAAGUCCCCGGAAGAGAUCCAGGCACACCUCAAUGCCCUGGGCAACGACUUCUUCAGCCAACAACUCGCCCUCGCCAGUCAAAGCUAUGGACAGUUUCCAGUAAGCCUUAGCAGUUUACCUGUCAUGCCCGACACUUUCUUUCCAGAGCCGACCGCCGACGACAUGCUGCAUCCGCCUCUGCCAGAGUUCAAUCGCUCUGCAGAGUUCGAGGUGCAGACUCCGGCGCCAACGGAUUGA